GCUCCGAGCAGGGAAGAAUUGGAGAGAGUUACCGAUACGGGGGAAGCCUUUCGUGUGGAGGAAAGAACGCUGAAACACGCAUGGAGUGGAAGAUCAAUUAGCCGUGCGCGCCCGGAAAUACACAGAAGCUGCUUUCCAUGCCUCUCGCGUGCCUCUCCCGUCCUUGAUGGGCAACCAACUGGACCGGAUCACGCACCUGAGCUACAGCGAGCUACCCACCGGGGAUCCGUCGGGCGUGGAGAAGGACGAGCUGCGCGUCGGCGUCGCCUACUUCUUUUCCGACGACGAGGAGGAGCUUGACGACCGGUCGCUCGAGCGCAGCCCGAGCGAGGAGGGCGCCGUGGAGACGCUGGACGAGCUCGAGUACUCGGCCUUCUGCUGCCACGAAUGCAUCUUCUCCAAGGUGCGCGCGCGCGAGGACCUGCGCGUGUACCCGGUGCCCGCGCUGCUCGCCAUGUGCAAGCCGGGCGACGUGCUCGAGCUGGUGGCGAGCGCCCAGGCGCCGCACUGGGCCGUGUUCGAAGGCGAGGACCAGGUGAUCCACCUGCACAAAGGCGAGAUCCGCAAGGACAGUCUGUUUGACGUGAGCGGCGGCCGCCGCGGGCGCAUCGCCAACGAGCGCUACCGAUUCCGGCCGCUGCCGCCCGACCUGGUGGUGCGCAACGCGAGCGGCCAUCUGGGGCUCAACCGCGCCGACGUCUGCUGGACGAGCUCGGAGAGUUUCGCCGCCUGGUGCCGCUUCGGCAAGCGCGAGUUCAAGGCGGGCGGCGAGGCGCACUCAGCCGGCCAGCGAUACCUGCUCAAGGUGCACCUGUCUGAGAGCACCGCGCACACGCUCGUCUUCCGCAGCCUCGAGGAGCUGAUACGCGAGCGUAGGCGCGUGGACGCCAGCGGAAUCCUGGAGGAGCUCUCGCUGCUCGACGAGAAACAGUGAGCGGAAUUUCGAGGUCGUGGCUACUAUUAUUAAUAUUUUUAUUUUUGUUUCCUUUUUUUUUUUUUUUUUUUGCAUCGAGGACACAAACUCGGAACUGCGCACGCGCCUGCGGCAAGGGCUUCUCGUACCCUUCUUGCAAGACUUUUGAGGAAUGUGCGCUUCUCAUGUUAAAGCUCAAGUGUUCGCAAAGACAACGCCCUUUUUGGCUCGUGCCGUGUGAUCCGGUGCACACCGAGUACCGCGGACCUUGUUUUUCGGACCAUUGAUCAUUGCGCACUGGGACGCUGGGAAGCGCAGCCGAGCCGCACGGCGGUUGGAGAGGGUCGUGGCUGGUGCUGCGCGUUCGGGAUUCUUACUUCUUUUCUUUUCCUUAUUUUUCUCCCCCUGUGUUUUAUUUUAGAAACUCCCAAAGCUUAAGCAUCAAAGACGAGUCGCGGAGAUCACGCGCCACUGCGUAACGACUGCAAUCCAAACACGGCGACCUUUUAACACACCUCUGGCUUUUAUUUCAAGACAAUGCGCAAAAAUGUACAUUAUUCUCAUUUCUUCUUUCGGAGUCCAUAUUUUUGUAUUUUAGUUAGGCAACAGAAUCUUUGUUUUAUUGAAAUAAAACUUAGAUUUGCUCUCUGAA